CGAUCCCCACGCAUUUUCACAAACACCUUCUCUCCAUAUCUCUCGAUCUGCAGAAGAAGAAGAAGAAGGAAGAAAAGGAGCCGGCGACCAUGCCGUACUACCACCGCAGCGAGGAGGACGACCUCGAGUUCGACGAGUACGACCCCACCCCCUUCGGCGGCGGCUACGACAUCACCCUCACCUACGGCCGCCCACUCGAGCCCUCCGAGGAGAUCUGCUACCCCUCCACCUCCUCCUCCGGCGGCCUCGACGACGACUACGACCGCCCCCACUUCGCCUCCUCCUACGACAAGCCCUGCGCCUACGCCGAGGACGCCCUCCGGACCGAGUACAGCAGCUACGCCCGCCCCAAGCCCCGCCCCGGCGGCCCCCCCUUCGGUGGCCCCCCCUUCGGCGGCCCACCUCCUCCCCAGCCGGGCUUCGGCGGUCCCGCCGGCAUGGACAGGCCCGGAUUCGGCGGGCCCGGCGGUCCCGGCCCGGAUUUCGGACCUGGGUAUGGCGGGAUGCCGGAGGAGCCCGGCUCCGGGUAUGGCCGCAAGCCUGAUUAUGAGAGGCCUGGAUCCGAAUACGGUCGCCGUCCGGAGACUGAGUACGGUUCCGGGUACGGAGGAUCCUCCGAGUACGAGAAGCCUAACCCGGAGUACGGAUCGGGGCGCCGUCCCGGAUCUGAGUAUGGAUCCGGGUAUGGCGGUCAGACCGAGUACGAAAAGCCCAGCUCGGAGUACGGAUCCGGGUAUGGCGGCCGGACCGAGUAUGAGAAGCCGAGCACGGAGUACGGAUCUGGCGGGAGGACCGAGUAUGAGAAGCCGAGCUCGGAGUACGGAUCUGGAUAUGGCGGGAGGACCGAGUACGAGAAGCCAAGCUCGGAGUAUGGAUCCGGAUACGGCGGUCGGACUGAGUACGAGAAGCCGACCGCGGAAUAUGGAUCUGCGUAUGGUGGCCGGACUGAGUACGAGAAGCCUAGCACUGAGUAUGGAUCCGGAUAUGGUGGAAGGACUGAGUAUGAAUCUGGCGGGUCCGAAUACGGAUCUGGGCAUGGUCGCAAGCCCGGCUAUGGUGAGCAGGAAGGUGGUGAAUUUGGGUAUGGGGGGAGGCCACAGGGGACCGAGUUCGAGAGGCCGAGCUACGGCGGCGAUGAUGAGCCUCCGAGAAGGCCGAGCUACGGCGGUGAUGAUGAGCCUCCGAGAAGGCCGAGUUACGAGACCCAGGAAGGGGAAGGGUUCCAGAGGCCGAGCUAUGGGCGCUCCGAGGAGGAAGAGGGUUAUGGGAGGCCGAGGUAUGGGAGGAAGGAUGAUGAUGAGGAUGAGGACAAGCCCAAGAGGUAUGGGUAUGGCGAAGAGGAGGGCUAUGGCCGCAAGAAAUAUGGAGAUGAUGGCUCUGGUGAUGAUGAGGACGAGGAGAAGAAGCAUCACCGCUCCAAGCACCACCACCACCACAAGCACUCUGACGAUGACGAGUGAUCGAAUCCUCGAUCACCUCUUGGUGGGAACCCAUGCUAUAUUAAGCUACUAAAUAAAAGGUUUCGGGUAUUGCUAUGUGUGUGUUGUCUGUUGCUUCUGUCGUCUGCUUGAGUUCGUGACAUACAUCUGUGUUGUGUGUCUUUUGCUUGUCUAUCAAAUAAAUGCCCAAACAUUUCGGGUGCUUGAGGUUAUAUGAUAUGAUAUGGUAUGAUAUGAUCGUGGCGUGGGGUUGAUAGUUCCUCAUGUUCAUCAGA